AUGCCUUCAUCGUUACUGAGAAAGACCAAUUUCCCGGCUCUGUACAGUUCAUUCCAGUGCUGCUGCUCUUCGCCCUCAUCUCCGCGCAAAAGGUUAAAGGCCGAUCCCAGGUUCACGCCACAGAGAACUUACGCGGAUGUCAAGGAUGGAUUCGAAUUUCGAGAUAACAUGAAUUGGCCCUGCAGGAAGAAUGCCACCUGGACGCCCUCACCGUACGAGAUAUUCGAGUUAGAAAAGGGCGCAGUCUACACGAAACAUAAAUUCUACAAAUUGGUCAAGAUAUACCACCCAGACAGUAGCGGCAGUAUACCUCUGGACGGCAUCAGCGACAUAGAAAGAUUGGAAAGAUACAGGCUUGUGGUCCAAGCACAUGAGAUCCUAUCGGAUCCAGCCAAAAAACGAGCGUUUGACGCAUCAGGCGCAGGCUGGGGUAACAGUCGAACAGGGGCCACACGACACUCAAGAGGCUUCACCAAUGCGGAAGGAAAAAGAUAUGGGUUUGGGCCCGAUGACGAUUCCACGAUAUUCCAGAAUGCGACGUGGGAGGAUUGGGAGAGAUGGUACAGGAGGCGCGAUAACCCCGAGAAACAAGCAUAUUCCGGUACAUACGUCCACCCGAAUGCCUUUGCAUCUUUCGUUAUUCUGUUGGCCGUGCUUUCUGGAGUGUUUCAAGCGACAAGGGCAGGGCAAUUCUCAGGUCGGCUGGAAGAGAAGGUCAACGAAAAUACACAAAAGACCAGAAGCUUUCUAGCAACGAGAGAGGAGAACUAUCCGGAGAAGGCAGAAGGUCGAAUAAAACAUUUUCUUGAAAAACGGGAUCCAUCAAAAUAUGGAUUGAAAGACGAAGAGGGAGAGGCAUACCGGAAACACUUUUCCAACUCGGGGGUUAUGCAACCGAUGCCACGACUAAAUGAUUCUGAAGCUGUCGAGGGCUUACGUCCGAAGGAGAGCUGA